AUCACAAGUUUCUUCUUCAUUCGCCAUCAGCCCGCCGUUGACUCAGUAGGGUCAGAAAUCUUCUAGAAUUUAUCUUGUACACAAAACAGGUGUACACCUCUGGUACCGGCUGUGUUUCUUUUAUACUUCUAACUGCAGCUAUGGCGCUAAAUCCAGCCUACGAAGAAAUCGGUAAAGGGUUCGUUCAGCAGUAUUAUGCCCUGUUCGACGACCCAGCACAGCGGCCCAACUUGGUCAACAUGUACAAUCCUGAAACUUCCUUCAUGACCUUUGAGGGCAUCCAACUUCAAGGUUCUAAAAAUAUUAUGGAAAAACUUACUAGUCUAGCAUUUCAAAAAAUCAACAGACUGAUUACUGAAGUGGAUUCGCAGCCCAUGUUCGAUGGGGGUGUUCUUAUUAACGUGUUGGGAAGAUUACAGACUGAUGAAGACCCUGCUCAUGGGUAUAUUCAGACAUUUGUUCUGAAACCUAUUGGUACAAGCUUUUAUGUGCAGCAUGAUGUGUUCAGAUUGGCACUUCAUGAUUUUGUGUAAAGCCAGAGCUGCAACCAAUGGCAGUGUGAUGACGAUCCUCCACAUGCCUACUCCCAAAUAUUUGUGCUGAAGCCCUUGGGUGGUUCCUUCUAUUGUGCACAUGAUAUCUUCCGUCUCAACAUUCACAACUCCGCUUGAAGAGACUGCUCAAUCAUUUUGAUAUGUGCAUAUGAUUGUCAUAUAUCUGCUGUUCUGGAUUGGGAAGAGUUUCAAUCUUCCACUAAAAGCAUGGAGAUAUUGUGUGGCUGAAGAUAAACAGUGAAUGGACAGUAAAUUCUUGGCUUUUCUGUAGUGGGCUUUUUUUUUAUUGACAAAUUUGGAAUUGUAAGGAGAGACAUUCUAGAAUCACUCAUUCAGCAGACUUCUCAAUUUUGUGUACUUUCCAAUGUGUUUUUAUUUAACUCUGUCAGCCAAUGUGAUGUAAGUUUUAAUUGUGAGUAGGGUUGACUAUAUUUGCUGUUAAGUUUCCUGGCCUUGUUAUGUCUUGUAAGAAUUAUGAAUAUCUUUGUUUCGCUUUGAUGUGAUGUGUUGAGAACAUAUCUCUUGGCUAAAGUGUAAUGAAGUUAAAUUUGUGUUUGGCAUUGAAGACUAACAUUUUGUCAGCUAUUGUGAAUUUUAUUCUCCCUUUUUGCUGCACUUUUGUCCUAACCCUAGUCUGCAAACUAUCUGUUGUAUGCUUGCCCAUUUGUUGAACAAGUUUCAUUCGUUCAGUAAAUUUCCUGGGGCAGGCCUCAGUCUACUACAGUGCUAGGUCAGCAUUGGCUUUUUUAAAGAUCUGUCUGAAGAAAAUCCUAUGUUUGCUCUCUGCUGUUUGCUCCAAGGCUGGAAAAGAAUUGCAUCUUGAUUAAAAAUAGAUUUUAACAAAUGUGCUGUUCUGCAUGAUUGUUUCUCCCACACGGAUGAACAAGUUCAUUUGAACAGAUCAAUUAAGACUAAUAUUUGUUUCACACAAUGUUUUGUAUUUUAUUGUCUAGGCCAAACAAACUGUCUAUUAUUGUAAUAAAAAAAAAUGAAAGUAA